AUGCGCGACCUCGUGGCGGCGUGCACAGCCGGGCUGUUAGGCCGCAAGCCGGCCAUCGACCUCAGCCGGGAGGAGGAGCAGGCGGGGAGUGCAGAGAUACUUCUCGCCACCCUCACGGGCACCCGGAAGGCCACGCUCCUCGAGGUGGAGGCCAAGGUACCUGAUGGCCAGUUCGCCCCACUCUACGACAUGGCGCUGCAAGGCUGCCAUGUCAUUGCGGAGCAGAUGAGGAACUGCCUCCUCGAGCAUGCCUGCGAGGGUUUCUCCCUGCGGCGCAGCCUUCGGAGCGGGAAGAAGGUGUGA